AUCUGUACACUCUUUCAACAAGAUUGAUUGUUUUGUAUAUAGCUUCUGCUUUCGUUUUAUUGGUUCCAUAGAGCUUCAAAUUGGAAGGAGGCUUUACCUCCAGGGAUUAAGGGAUUCUGAGUCAUGGAUGUGAUGUCGGAAGCUCUUCGAGCUUGUCAAAAAACUUCCAUGAGAUGGAUUCAUCAUCUGAAGAUGAGGAUCAGGGAACUCAUCAAUGUGGUUCUGGCAGUUCCAAAGAUAAAAUUCCUCUUCCUGGGCGGCUGUGGAGAAGCUUACUAUUGCAGCACAUCAGGUGCAGAGGCUGACUGGGAAUCUUCGCAUUCUUUACUCUGCACUGGCGAGAGGUCUGAUCCCGCUCAUAGGGAGCCACUUCUUAAAUUCAAUAAACAUGCUAAUGGGAUGAUAUAGUGAUAUGGGCAAGGAAAAAGACUGGUUCGUCUGUUAUUAGGAUAAAUUCGGAAAAGGAGGCAGAGGAAUUUCUGACAAAGUAUCAUACAUUUGUUAUUGGUCGGUUUGACAAAU